AUGAUUGGUGUUGAAGAUGGUUGGGAUACAACUGCUCAAUUUGUUUCAAUAACAACAAAUAAAAGUGGUUUUACACCAGUUUUUCUUCAAUUUCUUGCUCUUGUUGAUCAAGAUAUUAAUCAUAAGAUUGAAUUUGAAUUGAAACAAUAUUAUCUUCAUUUUCUUGCUUAUCGUCAUUUAUCAAAUCAUUUUAAAAAUUUUAUACUUGAUUGUGAUUGUGAACGUAAAAAAGAUCAUAAUUGGUAUGUUGAUACAACUCGUGAUUCAUUGACGGAUGAUAUUACUGGUUUAUGUCGUUGUAAUAUAAGAAAUAUUUAA